CUAAAGUUGGUUUGGUUUAUUUUGUCUCUUCAUACAUCCAUAUAUUUCACACAGUAGAAAUGGCUGCAGUUGAGAAACUGAGAAGUGUUAUCAACGAGCGACUAGCUGCAGCUGCUGAUGAAAUAUUGGAAGUUUUUGCUCAAGCUUUAUCAGCAUACGAGGAGGAGAUUUGUCGUCAGCGCAGAUUAUUGGAUACCGUUUUGAAGCCUCAGAUAAAGCUGCACAGAACAGAGCUCCCUCAGCAACAUGUCUGGAAUGAGGAUGAGGUUCUCACUGACCAGCAGCUCUGUAGUCAGGAAAGGAACUCCAGUCUGGACCAAGAGGACCCAGAGCCUCCACAGAUUAAAGAGGAACAGGAGGAACUUUGCACCAGUCAGGAGGAAGAGCAGCUUGAACUAAAGCAGGAGACUGAUGUCUUCAUGGUGACUCUUACUGAUGAGGAAAGUGUGCACAGCCGACGGACCUGUGCAAAAGAGUCUGUAGGCAAGCCCCAGAUAAAGCUGCACAGAACAGAGCUCCCUCAGCAACAUGUCUGUAAUGAAGAUGAGGUUCUCAGUGACCAGCAGCUCUGUAGUCAGGAAAGGAACUCCAGUCUGGACCAAGAGGACCCAGAGCCUCCACAGAUUAAAGAGGAACAGGAGGAACUUUGCACCAGUCAGGAGGAAGAGCAGCUUGAACUAAAGCAGGAGACUGAUGUCUUCAUGGUGACUCUUACUGAUGAGGAAAGUGUGCACAGCGGACGGACCUGUGCAAAAGAGUCUGUAGGCAAGCCCCAGAUAAAGCUGCACAGAACAGAGCUCCCUCAGCAACAUGUCUGUAAUGAGGAUGAGGUUCUCACUGACCAGCAGCUCUGUAGUCAGGAAAGGAACUCCAGUCUGGACCAAGAGGACCCAGAGCCUCCACAGAUUAAAGAGGAACAGGAGGAACUUUGCACCAGUCAGGAGGAAGAGCAGCUUGAACUAAAGCAGGAGACUGAUGUCUUCAUGGUGACUCUUACUGAUGAGGAAAGUGUGCACAGCGGACGGACUUCUGCAAAAGAGUCUGUAGGCAACAUGCCAGUUAUAAGCGUUGUUGAAGCACAAAGUAAUCUGCAGCUCAUCUCUCACAAUUCUAAUGACGCAGGGUUAACAAGAACUGCAGAUCCAAAAAUAAACAAAAGACAUCACAAAACCAAAAGGAACAAUGUAAACAACGCUAACUUGUCAGACAUGCAACGUAAUACUUGCACAGUGAAGAAUUUCAAAUGUGAAAUUUGUGGGAAAGAUUUUAAGUUCAUGUCAAAAUUGCGAACACACAUGACCACCCACACGGAUGUGAAGCCAUAUUAUUGCCAAACAUGUGGAAGAGGUUUCAGAGAAAGUAGUUCCUUGAAGUACCACAUACGAGUCCACACCGGUGAGAAGAAAUAUACUUGCAAAACAUGUGGGAAAGAUUUUAAGUACAUGUCAAUGCUGCAAAGACACAUGACCACCCACACGGAUAAGAAGCCAUAUGUUUGCGUGACCUGCGAGAAAAGCUUCAAUGAGAUGUCAAAAUUAAAAAUGCAUAUGAGAACCCACACAGGUGAGAAACCGUAUGUUUGCAUGACCUGCGGGAAACACUUCAAUGAGACGGCAACAUUAAAAAGGCAUAUGAAAUUCCACACAGCUGAGAAGAAAUAUAAUUGCAAAACAUGUGGAAAAAAAUUCAAAUUGAACUGUAACGUUAAGAUUCACAUCAUGAGAGUCCACACAGGAGAGAAGCCCUAUGUUUGCGUGACCUGCGGGAAACGCUUCGUUGAGACGUCAAAAUUAAAAAGGCAUAUGAGCAUCCACACAGGUGAGAAACCGUAUGUUUGCAUGACCUGCGGGAAAAGCUUCGUUGAGACGGCAAAAUUAAAAAGGCAUAUGAAAGUCCACACAGGUGAGAAACCGUAUGUUUGCAUGACCUGCGGGAAAAGCUUCGUUGAGACGACAACAUUAAAAAGGCAUAUGAAAAUCCACACAGGAGAGAAGCCCUAUGUUUGCAUGACCUGCGGGAAAAGCUUUGUUGAGACGGCAAAAUUAAAAAGGCAUAUGAGCAUCCACACAGGUGAGAAACCGUAUGUUUGCAUGACCUGCGGGAAAAGCUUUGUUGAGACGGCAACAUUAAAAAGGCAUAUGAAAGUCCACACAGGUGAGAAACCGUUUACUUGUAAAGCAUGUGGGAACAAUUUCAGACAUAACCAUGGAUUAUUGAACCACAUGAGAAGGAUUCACGCUGCCGAGAAGGCAUAACUUUGAAUUGAAAAGGUAAUACAUGGUUUACACCACAAGUAGAUUUCCAUAUGUACCCACACAAGUGACAAGGCACAUAAAUGCAGCAGUUUUUUCAUCUGGAUGAAUGUUCACCAGGCAGCUACCUCUGGGACUGAGCAAUGCAACCUAUGCUGAAGAUUUAAAAAACUGCAAUUAAGUUGCAAAUAGAUUUCUUUAUGUUUUCAACAUGUCAUUUUGUUUUGUAUAUUUAUGUAUUUUGUAGUGGAAUCAAAUUGUUUUUUUUGUUAUUUUGGUUUCAAGGUGACACUCAAGCUGAAGUUGGAAAUAAUAAUCGACAUUGUGCUUUAAUGAAUAUAAAUGAUCGGUGCACUUAAUGCUGUGUGAUCUAAUGCAUGUAUCUAACAAUAAAGCUUUGUAUGGUGAUGAUGUAAGAAUACCAGAUUCACCCUAAACGCUAAAGAUAUAAGCAAAUGAGGGUCAUCCAGGCAGCUGGUAUGACUGACAUAAUAAGUAAGUGGAUGUAAGUUGUUACAAACAGUAGAUGUUUAAAUGAUGUCCACAUGGGCUUGAGCUUAAGUUAUUAUAUUAUUUAAAAACGUUGAUUAGUUUGAUCACCGGAGUUGCCUCAUAUUGAACUUUGUAAUACUAAUAAGAGAUUGCAUUUGAAACACAAGUAAGAUCUUGAACAAUUUCAAAUAAAAAACGAAAUGGUUCUCAGAUGGCAUCUUAUUGCUUUCCUUUCAUGCAACAUCAAGUUCUACUUUUCAUUUUACAGGAGAAUACUUUCCAAGCCGGUACAUUCAUUUGACGGCUA